AUGAAGAGAAAACGCAGCGCCCAUAGCGGUACGGGCAUCCGUAAGAAAGCAAAGGGCGCCGGUGACCAAUCCACUAAGGCCACUACUGUCAAUGCUACUCAUCCAGUCCUACAACGCCUGUAUCCCGAAGUCCUUACUCUGCGCCAGUAUCUACUCUCUCGGCUCCCAAGCUCGUCAAAGAACAGGUACCGAAAGCUUUCGCAACUUGGACAUGCAAUACCCGCUGGAGACAAAAGCACCACGGAUGGCCUUGACAAUGCCGUUGUGCAGUUGCUCGACUCAGCAUUAGUAUGCACCUCAGGCGUCCAACCAGAAAAGGACAAAACGACGAGUUUCACCGAGGAGCGUGAAAAGGAUAUCGAAGCGUUCACCCAACAACGAUCGCAGAGCACUCCGGGCGGCACGUUCAAGCCGGGAUACUACAGGCAAUCCGAGGUAGGUCAUACGACGCAUCGCCUGCUCAUAGUGUUCCGCUCAAAGAACUCGACUAAAUAUACCCAGAUUGUUGACUUCGUGAUAUGGCGCUUGUUCAAACGUUCAACAUCUCACAAACCAGCACACCUACUCUGCUAUGGCUUUCAAAGAUCUGCGGGCAGCAAUCGCCGUGCACACAGGAACAGCGAGGAUCCGAGUUCGUCUAUUCCUGGUCUGCAAGAACGUCUCCCUAAUAGCUACGCGAGGACUUUAAAAGAGCCAGUAUGGUGUCGAUUGCACGCAUUGCUCGGCCAGGGCGGCGACCGCAUUAUCAUGGACAUGCUUCUGGAAUGCUCCAUAUUCAUCUUGGUCAGUGCUGAUAUGGGCAACUACUACCAGCUCUCUGGGGUUCCUGUGCAUGAGGUGAAAUCGGAUGAACAUCAGAAGAGCAACAUCGCAAGAGUCAAUGCGGAUAAGGAAGCGCCCACCAAACCUUCACAACUCAAGAUUGAAAGCAAAAAGCCGGGUGCUAUCACGUUUGUGCGCAGUCGCAUGCUAUACGCGAAAGCGGCGCUCAAUGCGAAAGGUGGUGUGAGAUUCGGCAUGCGCCAUAUUCAUGUUCUCAAUCGAUUCACCGACCGAGAAGACAAGCAAGAGACAGUACACGUUAUGCGCUAUAUAUUUCCCCGUCAAUUUGGCUUGCACAACGUUUUCACUUCCAAGGUGGAUCAUCGUGAGACAGCCAUGCCUUUCAAGGACUACACGCUGCGCGAGAAGGAUAUACAUACCGCUAUGUGCCAGGAACUAGGUCCCAAAGCAACAGACGCCCAGGAGAUAGCCAAAUGGAAACAGCGAAUACCAAAGAGACUCCGGGGUGACACCGUUAAACUGGUGGACAAACUUCGGGUCCGCAACCAGCGGUGCUCAUUCGAGUCGCUUAAUCUACAUCAGGUUACACAGAACAUACACAUCACGGACAUAGCCUGGUUGCGCCCACCGAGCCAAGACGACGGCACAAAGGUAUCCAAGUCGGACAUAGAUAAGCGUACGGAGAUAUUUCUCGAGUUUGUCUACUGGCUCUUCGACUCUUUCCUCAUUCCCCUGGUCCGCACAAACUUCCACGUAACGGAGUCCAACGCGCAUCGGAACAGACUUUUCUACUUCCGCCAUGAUAUCUGGCGGAUGUUAACAGAGCCUGCCUUGAAGGAACUACGGAUGAAUAUGUUCGAGGAGAUGCCUACUGAAAGCACGGAAAGACUGCUGUCUGCACGUCAGCUUGGUUUCAGUAACAUCCGUCUGCUUCCUAAGAAACAGGGUUUCCGGACUAUCAUGAAUCUUAAGAGAAGACAACAGGUGAUGCGAUAUGGAACUAUGACUCUCGGACGAAGUAUCAACUCGGUGAUGACACCAGCUUUCAACGCUAUUACCUACGAAAAGUCGUUGCGUCCCGAUAAAUUCGGCUGCUCACUUUUCUCCGUCGGAGAUAUGCUUCCCAAGCUUGCAUCUUUCAAAGCAUCGUUGCGACAGCGGGGACUCGGCGACAUUCGGCUUUAUUUUGCUAAAGUUGAUGUUCAGGCUUGCUUCGAUACUAUACCACAGUCACGCUUGCUGCGUAUGAUCGACAGUCUCAUGUCGAUCCAGGCUUACAACACCGGCAAACAUGUGGAGAUAUCCCCCCUGGGCCCUCUACAGCGUCUCGGCGGUAAACAUGUGGACCCAAUGCCUCUCAAGAAGUACAUACCGCAUACUGAGGCAGCCACGGGUGUAACGCCUUUCCACCAACUUGUGCAAGAUAGAUUGGCAGGCACCAAGGCCAACACCGUGUUUGUUAAUACCAAUUUGCAACGGCGCGAGACGAAGGAUGACUUAAUGCAGCUCUUACAGGAGCAUAUCGAGAGAAAUGUCGUCAAAAUUGGGAAGCGCUUCUAUCGCCAGAAGACUGGUAUACCACAGGGCUCAGUCUUAUCGAGCAUCUUGUGCAACUUCUUCUACGCUCAGCUAGAACGCGAUGUGCUUGGGUUUGUGCUCGAUGAAGACUCGUUGCUUCUUCGCCUACUUGACGAUUUCCUCUUGAUCAGUAUCAACGAAGAGUAUGCUCAGCGCUUCGUACGCGUUAUGCACAAAGGCCACCCGGAAUACGGCGUAGUAAUAAAGCCUUCAAAGUCGAUGGCAAACUUCAAUGUCACGACGGAGGAGGGAGACCGGAUAGCGACAAGCGGCUCAGAUGGUAAAUUCCCGUAUUGCGGCGUCUGUAUCGAUACGACGACGCUGGAAGUCAGCAAGAAAACAGAACGCCCUACAAAGGCCGGUGUUGAGGACUCUUUGACUGUAGAUCUGACCAAAAUGCCCGGUCAAACGUUCCAUCGCAAAGCUCUCAAGUAA